AUGUAUCAACAAGCCGAACAAGAAGCUCUUCUCGCUGGUCAUGGUCGUGUUAAUCAACUCGGUGGAGUUUUUAUCAAUGGUCGUCCAUUACCUGAUUGCAUUCGUCGUCAAAUCAUUGAUAUGGCUAGAACUGGAAUUCGUCCUUGUGUUAUUAGUCGUCAAUUACAAGUAUCUCAUGGAUGUGUUUCAAAAAUUCUCUCACGUUAUAAUGAAACAGGUUCUUAUAAACCUGGUCCAAUUGGUAAUAAAAAUAAUCAACGACAAGUUAAAAACAAUAAUUUAGAAAUUGAUAAUGAUGAUGAUCAAACAACUGAAGAAUCAGAUGAGAGUAAAAAUAAUUCACUUAAUGAUACAUUACCAUUGCGUCCAGUUAAAAAUGUAACUAAUAAUUCACGUCGUUAUCGUUCAUCAUUUAAUGCUGAACAAAUUGAAAUGCUUGAACGAACAUUUUCUCAUACACCAUAUCCUGAUGUAUCUACACGUGAACGACUUUCACAAUGUUUAAAUAUUGAAGAAAAUCGACUUCAAAUAUGGUUUAGUAAUCGACGAGCUCGUACUCGUAAAACAACUGCUAUAUCCACUUCUAGUAUUGUCAAAGACGAAGAAAACACGAUACCAUCAUUUCUUGCAUCACCUGUUAUGGAUAUGAAACCAUAUUCAACUGCGACCAAUAUUUUUGAUCCAACAGUAACAUCCAGUCCAUGUUCAAGUUAUUGGCCGCCAUCAUCUUCAAUGUCAUAUGGAUCAAUCAAUCCUUCAUACGCACCAAUGAGUAGUCAUUAUUAUUCAACAUACGAUUCACCAAGUACAACAUCAGUCUAUCCUAAUUAUCCAUUGUCAUAUUCACCGUAUCCUUCAUUCUAUUAA